AAAAUACAGAGGGCGAGAGAAACAGCGACAAGGCCCCAAAGCAAGCCACUGCCAUAAAUGCAAGCGGCUGCUCCUUCCCUGCAAGGGCAAUGUCUGCUGUGUGGCUACACGUUGGACAAUGUGGCAAUCAGAUUGGCGAGGAGUGGUGGCAGAGCCUAACCAGGGAGAAUGUGCCGCAUGCAGAGGCUGAUCGAUAUCCAUUCUGCUCCCCCGAUGGAAAGCUAAGUGCUAUCUGCGUGGACAGUGAACCCAAAGUGGUGAGGAAGCUGCAGAAACAAGUCAAGAGCGGACUAGCUCCUAACUCCUCUUUCAGGGAGAACAAUCUUAUCGUGGGGAAGCGAGGAAGAGGCAACAACUGGGCUUAUGGAUACCACGGUCUGCACUCAGCCAGUGAGAAGAACCUCCUAGAAAGGACGAUGGAGAGUCUGCGGAAGGAGGUCGAGCGCAGAGACUGUUACUGUGGGACGGUGCUUUUCCAUAGCUUCAGUGGUGGUACAGGAGCUGGCCUCGGUUCCCAGCUGUGUGAAGCGAUCCGAGACGAGUACUCCCUGGGUCAGAUCCUGACGGUGACGGUAGCCCCGCACCAGGCUGGCGAGAGCCCUCUGCAGCACUACAACUCCUUGCUGUGCCUUUCGUGGCUCCAGCGACAUGUCGACGGCGUCCUCCUGUUCCAGAACGAUGCCGUGCUGAGGAGGACAGCAGCCCUGCUUGGGAAGAAAGCGCCAGUGUCUGACAUGCAGCCUCAGGUCUCCCUCUCCGCCAUGAACACCUACGUCGCUUCCUGCCUUGCUGGGCUGCUUUACCCGCUCAAGGCUUUCACGACAGGAAGUGGGAUCAGCGUGGGGAUGGAACCCUGGGAGCUGCUGAGGUCUGCCUGCCCCAUGCCGACUAUGAGAUUCCUUCACAUAGCUCAAGCCUGCAAGAGGCAGGAAUGGGGCCUGUCCCACCACGAGAAGAGCGAUUCUGAGCCUAGGGCUUUCCCCCUCCGGGAAGGAGGUAGGUGCCAUAUGUCCCUUGUAACCCUUUCCGGGUGGGAGAAGACCUCUCGGGAACACAUCGCUUGUGAAGGGUUAAUAUGUCUGGGUGAAGAGAUGACUUUCCGUCCCACAGACUCUCUCAACAUUGUGGAGCCCGGAUGUCACAGCCACUCGCCGACCAUCUGCGCCAACCACGGCAGCUCAGCGGAACUCCUGCAGCAGGUGGUGGCCAGAGCAGAGGCCAUGUACGAGACCAACGCCUACCUCCACUGGUACUGGCAAUAUGGCUACGAGGAGGCGGAUUUCCAGCAAGCCUUCGAGACGCUCUGCUCAGUGGCAGAUGAUUACAGUCGGCUGGGAGAAUAACACUGUCUGCUUUGGCACUUCCAGGCUGCUGGCUGUCAGCCUUCCUCCUGAGAGCCCGGAGAACCUCCAGGAAAGAUCGUGCCAAGGUCUCUGGGAAAGGGGUGGUUCUGCGUUGAGGGGGAUGCUGCUUUAAAUCCAUACUGUGACAAAUAACACGAGGCAAAUAGAAUCGCUUUUCAGCUGGUGGGGUGUGAGUGUGUGCAAAACAGACUGUGGGCUCGACUGUCUCUUGGUCCAUGGGCCCAUGCAGGAGUGAUAGGGAGAGUAAGAUCCCUUUGUGCCCCUGCACAGGCUAUCCAGACCUUGUAUAGAGGAAUAAGGGGGUGAACCAACCCCACCCAAUGAGUAGAUGGGUGGGGAAGGGCUCCCACCCGCCCAGGGCCAGCCAGCAUCGCAGGGGUAGUAAUUUACUGUUGGUUUGGAUUAGCAGCAAGUUGGUAUGCCCUGGAGCAAAGGGGAGUCGUAGGGGAAUCAUGCCUUUGCUUCUGGAGGACAGAGGGCAUGUGGCAAGGCCACCAGGAAAGCCUAUACAUGUACCCCCCGGACAUGCCUUGCCUCAGAAGAUCUCGCCCACUUUGGGAUGGUGACAUAAGGCUCUUAGGGAUCUAGGGUGUGGGUCCUUAGCGUUGAGCUAAAGCCAAAUCCUACUUACCUUCCAUAGAGGGGGAGCCACCCUGCAUGACAAA